AUGUCUCGAAUAUGCUUCUGCAACAGCAAUAUCGAGAGAGGAUUUAAGAAAUACUCUGAAUUGAUUUCAUGCCUCCUUUUGGCUGAACAAAAUAAUGAAUUGUUAUUGAAAAAUCAUGAAUCACGACCUACUGGUGCUAGCCCAUUCCCUGAAGCGAAUGCAACUCAAUCUCAAAAUCAUGGUCGUGGGUGUGGACAUGGCUGUGGAAGAGGCCGAAUGCGUAGCCGUUGUCGUGGACAAGGUCGUGGCAAAUAUGUGCCUUAUAAUCACAAUGAUCAUAACCGUGGCAAAAGACAAAACAACUCCCAGAAGUGGGACAAUAAUGAUAAGAAAAGUGAAGAAAAGAAACAUUAUGAGGAAAUAUGCUACCGGUGUGGAAUAGAAGGUCAUUGGUCCCGUACCUAUCGUAUGGCAAAACAUCUUGUUGACCUCUAUCAGGCAUCAUUAAAAGGGAACGGCAAAAAUACCGAGACAAAUUUCAUUGAUCAAAACAAUGUUUAUGAUGAUCUUGAUGAUAUCACACACCUCGAUGUAGCUGAUUUCCUUGAGCAACCUGAAGUUGCAAAAUGA